UGUACAGGAAGCACAUUAUAGAGAGAGGAGCGCUCUCUGAUCUCCCAGAAAGCAGUGUUCACGAGGGAAGCACCGGCAACGACAAUGAUGACAGCAUCUGUGGCAGUGACUCCGCCUUCUACAAGCAGAGUGAAGGACACAGUAUGGCAGAGACGCUCACAGUCGCCCUGCGUGUUGCUGAGGAGGCUAUAGAGGAGGCCAUCGCUAAGGCAGAGGAGUUCAGUGACAGCUUGGAGAAGCAGAAUGAGGCUCGGUAUCUGCGGGACCACAAAGAGGAGCUCAUAGAGGAACUUGCUACAACCAUUGUACAAAAAAUCAUCCAGAGGAGGAAUCGUUCAGAGAUGCAGACAGAGUAUGACUUUGUCUGGCCUCAGCCUCAGUCCUUGAUCCAGCCCAGUGAACUACCCUCUCCAUCUCAGCCUCAAGCUUCUUCACAAGGACCACAGGACCCCCUGAAGACCUCAUACUCCCUCUGGCGCUCACGGUCAGCGUUCUCCCUCACCAGUGACGACUCCCCAGAGAAGGGUCCGGAGGAAGAGGGCGCAGGGGCGGGUGGUGGCUUGCAAGAGUACGCUUCUCUAAAGAGGGAGGGCAAAGCCACAUCUCUGCCCACCUGGAAGAGUGUCGACCGCCUGGACAACUCCAGUGCGUCCUCAGUGCUCCAGAGCCCAGACGGUAACUGGAUCGCUCUGCACAGCUCACAGCUGUCUCGGCCCAGCCUGCUAACCAAGAGGAAGAGCCUGGUGUUCAGCGUGUUGGAAAAGGAGUCCGGCGUCGUCUCAGCUUACGACGAGAUGGGAUCCGACUCUGAGGAGGACGAUGAAGGCGGCUGGGGUGCAGCAUUGCGACAGUUCCGGCGCAAACUGUCCGAUGAGACUUACUACACGGACUCACAGCACGACCCGGAAUGGACGUACACCCAGCACCUUCCCAUUACAUCACCGUCCUCUGGCCAGUACACCAACACAGAGACUCUCAACUCAGACUCGGAAGCCUCAUCGGUGCUGUCCGCAUGUCCUCGCAAAGCGCCUCACAACCUGCUGAGGAAGAAAGCUGCGCCGGACACACACCUGCACCCUCAUCACCAGCCACUCUACCACCAACACCUUCACCAGAACUACUCUCCGUAUCCGCUGCACUCAGAGGGACUGGAUGUGAACUUUAACCCUAAGGUGAUGGGCGACAGCAGCGAGGCUGAGGAGAGGCAGAGUGACCCGGUCAGAAGAUCACGGCGACGCAGGAAAAGCAAGAGAGAGUCGUCAACAGAGCAGAGCAGGCCUGGAGGCCAGAGCCACACACAGUCCAUCUACCCAUUAGUGCAGGAGAACAGUGGUUUUCUACUCAAUGCCCUUCUGAAGAGGGGUUUAAGUGAGGAACAGUCAGUACCUGACACUAUGCCAAUGGCCACAGCUGCAUCAGACGCCUUCAAAUUGGAUGCCAUGACACCUGAGCCAGAGGACUUGGACACAGUGGCCCCAAAUUCAGCAGCCCCCAGCCCUCCACAGCCCCACUCUCUUGCUCUGGGCUCCCAGCACUCGCUGAGCUUCUCCGGGCCUGGAGACCCUCUGGAAGAGGAGAUACGAUCCAGACUCAGCCAGCUGGUCAGUCGUGCCAACAGCAAAGACAGCAGCUCAUCUGAGGAGGAGUGCACGAAGCGGCCUGCAGACAAACAGAAGGAUAAAGAAAGUGACAGACAGAGAGAGAAGAUGAAGCCAAAAGACACAGAAAGAGAAAGGAAGAGAGCAAGUGACAGAUUAAGAGACAGGACCAGCAGUAAGGAAAGGGAGACAGUGGAACAAGUGAAUGGAAAAGAGAUGAAAAGAAGUGAGAGACUAAUAAAGAGUCAGUCAGUGAGAGAGGAAGGAAGAGUUAGAGAGAGGAGGUUAGAGAAAGGAGUGGGAAGUUUGGAAGAGAAAGUGGGCAACCAGGAGCAAAGGAGAGGAGAUAAAAGAGAGCCGAACAGACACAGUAAGAGGCAACAUAAAAGAGAUGUGGAGAAGGAAGCUGAGCAGAAAGGAGGAGCAAGGAGGAGUGGAUCCAGUGCAAGUUCACCUGCUGUGACACCUUCUUCCCAGGAGGGGGUGCUGUCAGACAACCAGAAGUACUCGGCGGCCUCUCUCUGCAGCAUCACCACAGAAGUGCUGAAGGUUUUGAACGCUACAGAGGAGCUGAUCGGUGAGGCAGGAGGUGAGAGCUACACCCCAUCUGAAUCCAUGAGUGCUUCUCCCAUCUCCAGCAGCUCCGAGACCCGCAGGCUAGACCAGAGGCUGACCAAGAUGGAGGAGAAUGUGUACCUAACUGCUGGUGCUGUGUACGGGCUUGAGGGGGCGCUUGGGGACCUGGAGCAGUGUGCCCGCAGUAUUAGCAGUGGCACAACAGACACAGAGCUGGCCUUCCUGGAGGACCAGGUGGCCACUGCAGCUGCUCAGGUUCAGCAGUCUGAACUACAGGUAUCAAACAUUGAGGCCAGGAUAUCAGCUCUGAAAACAGCUGGGUUAAAUGUGGCUGCCUGCAAUCGCUUCUCCAAGUACAAGCCAAAGGCUAAGCCUCAAACCCUGGACUCAUCACGCCAUCAAAGGAGGAAGCUUCCAGCCCCUCCACUGAAAGAAAAGUUGGAGCCAGAGCAGCAGGUGAAAGUGUUUCGGCCAUAGUGACAGUCAGCAGCACAACGAGUCCCUCAGGGCCACUUUAGAGCCCCAGGGACAGGGGGGCCCCUCUCAUCCAGUGCCUUGACCCAGUGUCCGCAUCCAGCUCCAGGCCAAGCAGGGGCCAACACCUGCCCUGUGUGACCCACUAAGCACUCAGCCCUCAGCCAGGCACGGUACCACGUCAGUUAAACGCCUCACAGAAGACAUGACUGCCUCUUUCCUCUUUUCCACUAUAUCCUCCAUUUUCUCCUCCUCACUGCGCACAUACAUCAAGCAAGGAUGACUCGACAGUCGGUGUCUCUGCCUUAAAAAUCUGCAAACACUCCUCAUGACCCAACUGAAAAAGAAUAUCUGUACAGAUAAAAUUACUCUCAUUUCCUUUUUCUAUCUGUUUGCAAGAGUAUCGUGAUUUACUGUACAAUGAAGACGUGGAAAAAUCAUGUAAAGGUUCUGUGAUUCAAUGUCCCAAAAAGAGGCUGACCGUGUUUUGUACUGCAUCUUCCUUCUCACCAAAUGAGGAGUUUUAUCAUACUCUCAAGCCCCCUCUUGAAUGAUUGUCUUUUUCACACACAGCUAACAGAUGGUAAUCCUCAUUUGGGGAAUGAUUGUAACACCUUUAACAUUUUAGCCAUUUUAAGAAAUUCACGCACUUACCAGAAAAGAGUGUUUAGAUGUGCAAAGUAUCAGGACCAAAACAAUAUUUGUCCUUCUUCCCUGCCACUAAAAUUGCUAGAUGGCAAAUAAUGAAACACAAAUCGAGAAAUCUGUAAUUCUUUGUAAACAGCCUAAAAUCACAGUCCAAAGAAUAGUUGGAUAUUCUGGGACUUAUUGGCUUUUUUGCUAAGAGACACAGGAGAAAAUUGAUACCACUCUUUUGUCUGUUUGGUAAAUAUGUAGCCUGUUAGCUUAGCAUGAAGACUGAAAACAAGGAGAAAACAACUAACCUGACUCUGUUCAAAAAAACAAAACAAAAACCUAGCAGCACCUCUAAAGCUCACCUAUUAACAUGUUAUAUUUUGAUUAUUUAAAUCGUACAUGGCGGAUUUUGUACCUUUGGACAAAGCCAUGACAGCUGUUUCCCCUUUAUUUCAGUCUUUAAGCUAAGCUAAGCUAGCCAGCUGCUGUUGGUAGCAUUUAUAUACUAUAUUUAUACUUGGUGUACAGACACAAGAGUGGUAUUAAUUUUCUGAUCAAACUAUUGGUAAGAAAGUAAAAAAAAGCAUAUGUCCCAAAAUGUCAAAUUAUUCCUUGAAUAAAUACCAAUUGUAAUGAUUUACUGGGGAAGUGCUUUCCCGUUUAAUUAGAAAAUGAAUUGCUGAAAACACCUGCUCAAGUAGAUGCACUCUCAGCCUUAAUGUGGAAGCUGUGAGCUUUUAUAUUGAAAUGAGUCAAAAUAAGGUUUUAAUAAUGUCUGAAUGUCAAACUUACUCAGUUUAACAUAAGUCUCCAUAGGUUUGACAUUCAGGUUUGGUCAGCCAUCCCUCAUGUAGUAUUUUUCAACCUAUAGUCAUUUUCUUCCUCUCUGUCAUUUUCUUACUUUCAAAAGUUGUGGCCUUUAAUUUGAACAAAAAGGUAUUUCCAUGUUUCCCCUUCGCUGGGUCAUGUCUGAACUUUUCUGUUGCAUUCAGAAAAUCUUGUAAAGAUUUUUACAUAAUGAAGUCUGAUGGGCUAUAUAACAAAUGCCAUGAAACCAUGAUUUUGUUACAAGCAAUUUAUUUUUGUACUUUACUGAACAUUUUUAUGCAAUACCGCUGAAAUAAGUACUAUUGCAAAUUGAAGGCUUUAUUCUCUCCUCAAAGGAGCCCUCCUCAGUCAGUCCUAUCAGACUUUCUCACGUGUGGUGACUCAAAGUGCUUUCAGUGUAUGCCUGCAUUUACCAUUUGAUAUUCUGCCAGUAAUGACGAUGGUAAAUGUUACAAAAACACGGGUGACAACAGGCAUUUUUGGAGCGGCUAGUACGAUUCAUACUGUAUUUGUACUCCUUAAACACUCCCUUUGAGAAUACUGCCUUUCAUUUUGGGUUAUUUUUCUUUACUCUGUCACCACUUACAUUAGUCAGAAUCUCAGUUAAUCAUGCAUACACUUGUCCAAAGUACAGCUUAAGAGCAGAUUUGGAUUUUCUGAUGUACUGCUUGAACUAAAAGGUGUGAUGAUCUUCUGUAUGAAUGCUCUACCCCUUCUAUUAGUGACCUUUUCAUCCCAGCCUUUCACAUCUCUGUUUUUGCACAUUGAUCCUGUACUUUUGUCAAUCUUGUUCUCCAGAGGUGUUGAUGUAUAAAAGCAUGUUUCUGGUUUUAUCAAAAUUGAUGUAAAAUUUCCCAUGAGAAGCACAGCCACAAGGGUCCAAUCAUCAGUGUCCUGUAUUUUUCUAAUGUAAAAAAAUAUUAUAUCAUCACAGAAUUUGUUAAUAUAUGUAUAUGUGUGAAAAGAUGGAUAUGAUAUAUAAUAAUGUGUGUAUUGCCCAAUCAUAGUUGACCAAUCUUUCAGUGUUGUGUGCAAGAGGUUGUGUAUAAUUGUCAUGACUUGUAAGGCUGGAUUCAGACGGGAAGUCUACUGUGUCCCAGAUACUCAGAAAUGAUGACAUUCACACAGAGCUAAAAACAAAACCUUACUUAAUCCAGUGUGAAUGACUACAAUGUGGUUCCCUGUGCACAGCUCCACAGGUGGGCCAUUCACUUUUAUGUGCAAUCGUUUGUUGCAAUUCAUAUGACAUGUUGGGGAAAAUAUUAACAAGCAAAAAACACAGAUUCUCUAUGUGCCACAGUACUCUGAGAAAAAAAAUGUAUUA